UUGACUGAGAGCGGGGUUGCCGGACUUUGUCUUGGGCAUUACCGAAAAGUCAUGCAAAAAUCUCGAUGCUCAAUGGAAUACGGCGUAUAAUAUCCGGGAACAGAAAGCGGUUAGUAGUGCAAGACUUUGAUCUUGACCUGAGCUAUAUCACUGAUAGGAUUAUAGCUACUUCCUUUCCCUCUAGCGGAAUAGAGGGUUUAUACCGAAACACAUAUCCAGAAGUCAAGCGGUUUUUAGACAAACACCACCCACAACAUUAUAAGGUGUAUAACCUCCGGUCAGAGAAAGGAUACACAAAUGAUUUAUUUGAUAUUAGUGCUACCUUUGCUUUCAAAGACCAUCAAGCUCCAACUCUUCGCACGGUGAUCCAAUUCUGUGAGGAUGCCAGUGAUUAUUUAGCUCUGGACCCUGAAAAUGUCGUCGUUGUGCACUGUAAAGCUGGAAAGGGGCGCACAGGAGUGAUGGUUGCGGCUCUGCUGCUGAAAUUGAAAGUGACAAGCGAUCCUAACGAAGCCAUUCAGAUCUACGCACGAGAAAGGACACAUGAUGGACGUGGGAUAACCAUUCCUAGCCAAAGGCGGUAUGUGUUUUACUUUGACUCCUUCCUGCGUGAUCCUUGGUCAGUCAAAAAUCGAGAAAUUCGAAUCAAGAAGAUUGCUUUGAUAGGCCGUCAAAGUGCUCUCAACAAGGAUGGUAGGUGCUAGAGCAGGCCAUGGUAUAGCCUGUUCAGCUAUUA